AUGGCGACGGUGACGCUCUACGUGUCCUACGCGGCGCCCGGCGGCGAGGCGCCGGAGCUCCGGGUCGACGUGCCCGCGACGAAGUCCGUGCGAUCCGUCGCCAAGGCCGUCGCCAAGCUCGUGGAGCGCAAGCACGGCGCGGCGCCCGCGGGCCUGCGCCUCCUCUACGCGGCGUCCGGGGACGCCGUCGACGUCGACGCGACGGCCGCCGCCGCCUUCGCGACGGAGACGCGCCUCUCGGCCGCCGUCGACGCCGCGCCGCCGCCCGCGCCCGUCUCGGCCGCCGUCGACGCCGCGCCGCCGCCGGCGCCCAAGGCGUCGAAGCCCAGGCCUUCGAAGGCGCCGCCGCCGUCGCCGCGCCUCGACGGGCUCUGCGUCGUCGCCGCGAACCAGGGCCUCAUCGUCCGCGCGGGCCGGUCGCUGGAGACCGCGCUCGUCGGCGAGGUCGCGUUCGGCGCCGUCGUGCGCGUCUCCGGCCACGUCGCCGGCGACGGCCGCUGCGCCGUCGCCGGCGACGGCCUCGAGGGCUUCGGCUCGUCCAAGUGCCUCGCGCCGCUCGUCGACGAAAACGACCCGCUCUGCGCCGCGUUCGAGCACGCGCUCGCCGAGCCCGACGGGCCCCAGGCCAGCGUCUGGGUCCGCCACGGGGGCGCGGAGGCCCGCGCGGACGCCGUCGUCGCCGCGGCGCGGGCCGCGGGGCCCGCCGCGUGGGCCGCGCGGCUCACGGACGGGACCCGCGUGCCCGUGGCGCGCCUCGCGCCGGUCUACGUCGAGUCCGGCGGCCCGGCGGACGGCGGCGGCCCGCCGACCUGCCACUGGGACGUCGCGCUGCGGCUCGCGGCGGACGUCGCGGCCGGCGCGCGCGACGCGCCGGACCGGCGCGGCGCGGCCGCGUGGGCCGCGCGCGCGGAGGCCGCGGUGGCGCGGCGCGCCUGGGCGGCGGCGGCCAUCGCCUCCACGGCGGCCAUCCUCCUCUCCCAGUCCCACAAGGACCUCGCGCCGCUCCACGGGCGCCGCGCCGCGGCGCUCUGGCGCGCGCGC